AUGCGGCGGAAUGAGUCCAACGUGCAAACAACGACGUCCCAGAUGUGCAAGCAGCUUCUGGUCGAGUACCUGGUCAAAACGCACCGCAUCAUAGAUCCCAACAUCGAAACCAUUGACAUCGAGUGCACAAAGUACAUCGCCAGCGAGCGAAGCUAUUUCGAGCAGUUCGUGGCGGAGCCAUUUGAAGAGUUCCUGGCACGAAUACAGCGCGAGGGCGAGUGGGGGGAUGACGUGGAGAUUGAGGCGCUGUCGGAGAUAUACGAUUGCCGAGUGGAGAUCUAUGCCUCGUACGGUCAUUCGCUGAUGAGGACGUUCCAUGAGGCGUGUGACGCCAAGUGGCCUCAACCUGUCAGGCUCCUCUACGAGGGCCAUGCGCACUACAACUCCCUGGCCCCUCGGAGCGGCCUCUGCCCAAUUGCGCAGCAGCUGCGGCCGGGGGAGAUUGAGGACGCCGCGAUCUGCAGGUCGCGGAGAAGAUACGAGGCCGGGUUGCGCCGCGAGGGCGUCAACGAGGCCGAUGCGAAGCUGACAGAGCAGGAGGUGGUGGACGAGUCAAUUCGUUUGAGCCGCCUGGAGUUUGAGCACAAGUCUGAAGCGGAGAUGGACAUGGCGCUUCAAGACUCGCGCGCCGAAUGGGAGAAGUCGGAAAGGAAGCGGAUGGAGGAGGAGGUGGUCGACGCCAUCCUCCAGCAAUCG